CCUCCUUGAGAAGUAUUCGCACGUUCUAGCAGAAGACUUUGUCGUGGAGGGCGGUGAACAGUGCAACUUAACCUGCAUUAAAUUUUGUACACCUUAGAUUGGAAGUUCUGAAAUUCCCACUUUCAAGCGUCUUGUUUAUUGCUAAGGCAUCAUGCGAGUGACUCAAGUUCUGAAUUUAAGGAAAAGAGUACCAGUUCGUCGCCAGUAUGAAUGUUCUUACCCCAUCCCAUUUCAAGCCCUGCAUCCCUUGGAGCUUGGAGAUCGCUACACGAACUUGCAGGCCAAUAAUGAAGCAAGACCAUGUGUAUCUCAGCUAACUGUACUGCUACAAUGCUUUAAAGAUAGUGAUUUUAAUCAGAAAAGGUGUGCUGAGUCGCUGAAAAAUUACUACACGUGCAUUGAAGAAUAUGCAAAGGGGAAAGCCACAUCUGGAGCGAAGGAUAGGAAACUACAUGAUGUGAAGAGGGUGAGAGACCUCACUCAGUUAGAAGCCAGCAAACUCUUGAAAUCAAAACCCAUUAAAUAAUACAAAUUUGUGUAAUUGUAUUAAACAAAGUUAAUUUAGUUUUUUUA